UGCCUUAUAUGGCAAGGCAAUGACGUAAUGCUCCAUAGGCUUGGGGCAUGCAAAGAGCCUAUCUCUCAUUGUUUAGUGGGACUGGUGGAAUGCUCACAUCUCUGAUGCUACAGCUGAAUGCCUCACACCAUGGAGCAAUAGCUGACCCAGGAUUUCUAUAGUCCGGGAGCGCAAGAUUGAAAAAGCUUCUUGAACAAGAAACAGCCUAUCAGGCUAAAAAGGAGAAAGAAAACAACAAGAAAAUAGCUAAACUGAAAGAAGACUUAACUAAACUCAAAUCCUUUGCUUUAAUGGUGGUGGAUGAACAGCAAAGACUCACUGAGCAGUUGAAUCAACAAAGUCAAAAAAUUCGAGAAUUAACUACUUCUGCAGAACAAGCACACGAGAAGCUCGCUUUUGCUGAAGCAAAAGUACAAGAGGAGGAACAGAGAGCCAGCAGGCUGGAAGCUGAACUUCAAGCCCAAAGCAGUAAGAAUUCCCAAGACCAAGAAGCAAUGAUGGCCAAACUAACCAAUGAAGACAGUCAGAAUCGUCAGCUCCGGUUAAAAUUAACUGCCCUCAGCCGACAAAUUGAUGAGCUGGAAGAGACAAAUAAAUCUUUACGAAAAGCGGAAGAAGAACUGCAGGACCUAAGGGAUAAGAUAAAUAAAGGAGAAUGUGGGAACUCCACGCUUAUGAGCGAAGUGGAAGAACUACGGAAACGAUUGCUGGAGAUGGAAGGAAAAGAUGAAGAGCUCAUAAAAAUGGAAGAUCAGUGCCGAGAACUUAAUAGAAAGUUAGAAAAAGAAGCAUCACAGAGCAAGAACCUUAAAGGGGAAGUUGACAAACUCAACAAAAGAAUUAUGGAGCUGGAGAAAUUAGAAGAUGCUUUCAACAAGAGCAAACAGGAAUGCUACUCCUUGAAAUGCAACCUAGAAAGAGAAAAAAUGUUAACAAAACAGUUGUCCCAUGAGCUGGAUGGCUUAAAAGCUCGAAUUGGUGAGCUUGAAGCAAUUGAAAGUAAGUUAGAAAAGACUGAGUUUACGCUUAAAGAAGAUUUAACAAAGCUGAAGAGUUUAACAGUGAUGCUUGUAGAUGAAAGAAAAACUAUGGGUGAAAAAAUAAAGCAAACAGAAGAAAAGCUGCAGGCUGCAACUUCUCAACUUCAGGUGGAACAAAAGAAAGUGAUGUCUGUUACAGAAAAACUAAUUGAGGAAAGUAAAAAGGCACUGAAAACAAAGUCUGAUGCAGAGGAAAAAGUGUCCAGUGUUACAAAAGAGAGAGAUGAACUCAAAACCAAACUCAAAGCAGAAGAGGAGAAAGGAAGUGAUCUUGUUUCCAAAGUGAAUAUUCUAAGAAAGAGACUUCAGUCACUGGAAGCUGUUGAAAAAGAGCUUCUUAAAAAUAAACUUAAGGAGAGUACUAAAUCCAGCACCUCCUUGCAGCAGGAGAACAACAAAAUUAAAGAGCUUUCUCAAGAAGUUGAGAGGCUUAAGCAGAAGCUGAAAGAAAUGAAGGCCAUAGAAGAUGAUCUUAUGAAAACUGAAGAUGAAUUUGAGUCUCUAGAACGAAGAUAUGUCAGUGAACGGGACAGAGCCAAGCUCCUAUCAGAGGAGCUGGAGGCUCUGAAAAUGGAAGUGGCUAGGUAUAAAUUAACAGAAAAGGCAGAGUCUAAUCAAGAGCAGCGUCUUUUUAAGAAGCUCAAAGAAGAAGAAGCUAAAUCAAGUCAUCUUUCCAGAGAAGUAGAUGCACUGAAAGAGAAAAUUCAUGAAUACAUAGCAACAGAAGACCUAAUCUGUCACCUCCGAAGUGAUCAUACAGUCUUACAGAAGAAACUCCUGCAGCAGGAAAACAAGAACAGGGAGCUAGCAAGAGAAAUGGAAAGCCUCACAAAAGAACUGGAGAGGUACAGACGCUUCAGCAAGAACUUCAGGCCCAGUCUCAACGGAAGGAGAAUUUCUGAUUUGCAAGUUUUUUCCAAAGAAGUCCAGACAGAUCCAUCAGACAAUGAACCACCCGACUACAAAACCCUCAUACCUUUAGAGCGAACAGUCAUAAAUGGGCAGCUGUAUGAAGACAGUGAUAAUGAGGACAAAGACAACAAUGAGGAACAAACAGUGUCUUUCAAAAGCAACUCAUCCAUUACAAAUGCUGUGAACAAAAAAUUAUGGAUCCCUUGGAUGAAGUCCAAAGAGAGCCAUCCUCAAAAUGGAAAGAUUCACACAAAGCAAAAUGGAAACUGUGCACAGACUGGAGACCUAGUGCUAAGCCAUACGCCCGGCCAACCUCUUCACAUAAAAGUAACUCCAGAUCAUGGACAGAACACAGCAACGCUUGAAAUAACUAGUCCUACCACUGAAAGUCCUCACUCCUACACAAGCACAGCAGUUAUACCCAACUGUGGCACUCCAAAGCAAAGAAUAACCAUUAUUCAAAAUGCCUCCUUAACACCUGUAAAAGCAAAAGCUGCAGAAAGUUACACGAGCCCAGAGCAAGUAAUUUCUCCUAUUACUAUGGCUACUUUUACAAGAUCUCAAACUCCCGAAUCAUGUGGUUCUUUAACUCCUGAAAGAACAAUGUCUCCUUUGGCUUUACCAGGCUCAAGUUCUCAGGAACAAAUACUCUGCUCAGAGCCUUUGGAAAAGGGAGCCAAGCACACGAUUUUUAGAGUAUCCCCAGACAGGCAGUCAUCAUGGCAGUUUCAGAGAUCGAACAGUACGGGAUCAAGUGUAAUAACUACUGAGGAUAACAAAAUCCACAUCCAUUUAGGAAGUCCUUAUGUCCAAGCUCUCACCAACUCCAAGCCCAUCACCCCCUGUAAGCCAGUGCAAGACAACAGAACUCCAGGACUAGCUAAUGGCCUACCCAUUAAGCCCACCAAUAAAAUCACCAGCAGUAUUACUAUCACACCAACAGCCACUCCUCUCCCACGGCAAUCACAAAUUACAAUUACUGAUGCGUUCCAUCGUUCAAUUCCAACUCGGAUACCCAAACCAAAGCCUACAAGCACAACCAAAGUACCCGUCAAAAUUCCUGCUGGACAUCUCAACAAACCACUCCAAGACAGCAGUUCUGGAAAGCUACGCAUUAUAAGGACUGUGACUAAAACCUGUCUUCAAAGCGGAGGGAGAAGUGUGUAUUCCAACAGUCUAAAUGGCUCAACUGAUAAUUUGCGGGAAAACUCCUUUCACAUAGGUCUUUCUUUAAGAACUGCCAAAUCCUAAUCCCUAAAUAAAGCAAAGCCUGGUGGUGAUCACAGUGCCAUAGCCAGAACUGCAAUCAUUUUGCUGAAUCAAGGAGAGAUUUUGAUGCAUUCAGUUACCCAUUUUUUUCCCCCUUUUAUUUCACAGCUAAAAGUUUAGGUUAACCACUGAGAUAAUACAACACAUUAGCACUACUACGUGACUAUUUUUGCAAACCCACAACAGAAACCUAUGCCUCCCCCAACAGCUCAAGAAAUUUUACAGGAAUACUAUAAAGAGGAAAAGUUUAAAAAGAUCAGUAUACUGAAAAAUUAUUUCAGCUUGUGUCCUACAAGACACACCAGUGGCAAAAUGACUCUUCCAUAUGAAAAAGAAAAGGCUUCAAAUUUCAUUCACCAAAUCUCCAGGUAACUACAAAGUUCCAAGUUUCCAUCUGAUGUGUUCUCAGAUCUAAAUCUAGAUCAAAGCAGCACAUUAUAUGUUUUGCAACUUGCAGAAUGACUGUAUGUAAACACAAAGAAAAAAAACAGAUUUCAAAAAGAAGUUGUGGAUUUGGCCUGCUCAUCUGAGAGAUCUCCAGUAGAGAAGCUUCAUCAGAAGGGACAGCAACUCAUGGAUGAGCCAAAAGAGAUAUAAACAGAUCUCAGAUCUGAUCAAGCAACAAAACUCCCACUGACUGUACUACAAACAGUUCGCUUCUCAGAAGCUGCAAAUCACAUAUUAAGAAUCGAUGCUAUUUGGCACCCUUCAUUUCCACAGUCUACAGAAAGAAAAGAAAACUUCUGGAAAAAGAAAAUAACUACCACAAUAACACCCUUUGCUUCAGAGCACAAAAAAAGACCCCACAAGUAUUGUCAAAUCACCAUCCAUGGUACCAUAUUAUACUUCUCACCUAUCUGUACUGCUGACAUAGAAGAGUUUCCCUAUCUUUGCUCACAUCUUGGAACCACACAAUUCAUUUCUACCUAUGAGGGACAUGCCCCACAUAGACUGUUACUUAAGGAUCUAAACAAACUGACAAAAGGGGAUACUAUGCUCCUGUGGGAUUAAGGGAGACAAAGAAAGCACAGAAUGAAAGACAAAGAGUGGUAACAUAAAAGGAGGAAACUGGAAGAAUUUCUGGAAAUAGAAGUCCAUUCUUCUCCUGUCAAACUUCUUGAGAGGUAUGGCAUGCUGGCUACAGGCAAGAUACAGACAUUUAUAGCGCUGCGAGAUGUGCUCUUUCUGUUCAUGGAGAGAAGAGAAGUUGAUGUCUUUCACCAGUACUAAACAAACUCCUGAAGUAUUCCUUAUCCUUCCCCUUAUGGUUCUGAAUGCAAUAUAAAAAUCAGAUUCAAGACCAGACAUAGUUGUGACAUGAACCAGAAAAAGGGCGGGAAGGAAGCCCUGCAGUUAAAUGACUUGGCACAUGUGUAAACUAAACAACACUGAAAGCACAUAACCCCCAACCACUCUCUCCACAAACCUCCUCUCAAUGUUAAAGGUUUGCUAAGGAAGUUAUUGGGCAAGAUUCUUUAAUGUGUGUCAUGCAACAGGGUAAACAGACGGCUAAUCCCUUCAGGGGGGGUGUUGUAGUUUUUGUUUCUUUCCAUCUAUAAACUACCUGCAGCAGGGUAAACAUUUAUGUCUCGAAGUGAGAGUAACCACCUUUAAUCUUGAAUAUUGAUUCUAAAAUAAAUUCCCAAACAUGAAGCCAAAAGCAAAUUAAGAACUAAUAUAUCCAUAUACAAGGAUAUAGAUUUUCACACACUUAAGUGAGCCUGAACAUCUCCUAUGCUCCAUCUUAAAAGGAGACUCUUAACUGCAAGUUGCUAAAAUCUAAGACAUUUUAGAGGGCAGAAUUAUUAGGAAGAAGAUUCCAUUGUAUAGGACUUAUUCUAGGGCUAAUCUUAAAGGACUUGGCAAAAGAUCAUUAUUUUAGAAGUACAUUCUGAGUUCUUAUGCUUUGCACCUACAGUUGUGACAGAAAUUUUUUUUUUA